AUGGCUAUUAGCCAAAUGGCUCAUAUAUACGCCGCAGCCAGUGCCGUUUUGGUUAUCUCAUCGUCCUUCAAGGCCAUCAAACCGUCAGGCUCAGCCAGCAUUGACAACGGUCUAGGCUCGUACCUGGCCAACUGGAAUCGAAGGCUAUGGACUUUCCAGGAGGGUAUGCUCGCCAAUAAAUUGGUAUUUCUUUAUGCGGAUGGAGAGAUGGAAUUUUCUCAAAAUAGACCCGGUACAAGAGGGGGAAGGCUUGUUGAGGGAGGCUGCUGUGUCGACUUCCCCUCCCGUUGCGUGGAAGCCAUGAGUCUCUUUUAUUUUUUCCCUUACCUCAGGAGAGACAAUAGGGGGUAUUAUCUUCGGAACCCGGUGCCAUCCCUCAGCUGGAGCGUCAACAGACGAUAUGAAAUGCUAAGUGGGACGAUGAACUCAAUGCGACGCCGUUCGACAUCAUGGUUGAGCGACCAGACGCUGUGUGUAGGAACUUCAUUGUCAAUGAAUGUAAAACGUCUAGUGGCCGUGGAACAAGAAAUGCGGAUCGAUGAAGGGGUUGGAGAUCGUGAACACGUUGACGAUGCGCGCCUCUCGAUUAGACGAAUGGAAGCUUUCUUAAAAAUACAAAAGGUCGUCCAGCGUGGUAUCAUCUUCAACUCGGAACCGCGAAUCGAUGAAGAUGGAUAUCGUUGGGCGCCUGCUUCAUUCCUUGGCUUUUCUGGGGGUAGAGAUGGUACUUUCCUAAACUCCAAAGCAAUUGUCUCUGAAAACGGUCGAGGCCUUUAUGUUAAAGGCGGAGGGGCUUCCUUCACCAUUGGCGAAAGCACAUCAAUUGAUCAUGGUACACCAAUUAUCGUUUCAAUUAAAAACGCCAGAGCCGGCAUGGAGCCAAUAAAGCUGAGAGUUUGUCCCAUUCAACCGCCUAGUUCCACAAGGCCAUUCGGCUGGAGGCCUGGGGGACAUUAUGGGAUAAUCUUGGACUCGGAUCUUGAAAACGUUGCGGACGAUCUGAAUCAGCUAAAGAGGUUUUUUGGAGGUCAUAGUUUAGACAGCAGCUUCCCUUCCGAUGAAUUCAGGAUGAGGUCGUGGUUUGAAAAGCUCUUCGAAGGAAUUAAUCCGGGAUCCGUAAGAUUCACCGCCGUUCUAGGUGAUAUCAAAGCAAGGUUCAAACCGAGCGUCCUGAGCCAAACCGACAGGAUACAAAUAGUACACAAUUGUCUCGCGGCUGUCACCUUACUUAACCCGGAGUCUGUCCUUCAUCUCAAGACUGAGGUUCACAAAGAUCCUGAGACACCCCAACUUCCGAAACAUCUGAAGUUAAAAAUGGGUAAAUCCCUGAUUCCUGAAGAGGAUCCUAGACUUAUAUUUCACCGUUUCCCAAAGGACACUGAGAUGCAGGAUUCACCUAGGGGGUGGAUUGAUAUUGGGGGUUUCCCGGUUCCUUCAGUGCGUUUUGCACCUGGUUAUGAAGAUUUGGGCGACUUGGAUGGAGCGUUCAGCCGCUCAUAUCUUGACCCAAAACUUACUAAAGAUUUCGAUGUCGAAAGCUUGGCAGGUUCUGAGGAUGAGAAAACUCCUUCGGAAUUUGAAAGUUUGUUAGAUGAAGUUGAUGAAAGCGAUCCUGUCGAGAUUGAUGAAUCUUCCUCGGACUGGGUUGAUGAAGAAUCGGUACAAUCUGGGGACGAAAUUGAUGAUUUAGAACUUGAAGGCGAGUACUUGCCCAGAUUUAUUCUACCUUCGGUUAUCUCGUGCAGCAUAUCCAUCGGCGAGUUCGAUUACCAGGAGGACAUUGAUCAAUUUUGGGAAGCUCUCAAUUCUACUGAGAAUGAAGACGAGCCUUCUGACUGGGAGCCAUUAUAUGCUAGAGGUAACAAGCUGCCCGAAUUUGUAACAGCUACUAACCAUGAUUCAGAAAAGGAGAUAGUGCUGGAAGUAGAAGGCACUCUAAGGGUGGAAAGGAGUGGAUGGUACAUCUUAUAG